AUCAAGCUCGUGUAUUAUAUUUUAUCCGAUAAGAUUCAACUUACAAAUAACCUAUAAUUAGGGUGUACAAAGAUAGAUUUAAACACGCUUUUGUUUAAAUGCAACAUGAUAUUCAAAAACAUAGUUUGUGGAAUUUUGUUUGUUAUAUCGGCAUGCGUUAAUAUAAACCGAAUCGACGGAUCACUAACAAAAAUUAUCGUAAAAAUACACAGAGGCCUAAUUCCGUUGGUUGAAGAGACAUUUCAUGAGAGCAACUUUUCAUUGUACAGAAAGAUAACCGAUGAUAUAUAUGUAUAUGCAACAAAAAGUUCAGAUGAUGUUUUUGAGGAGGAUUUUACAACCGAUGACUUGCAGUCAAAACUAAAUGGAAAGGUUGAUUUCUUAUACAAAAGCUACAACCUAUUUCGCCCUUCACCAGUCGCGGCACAAGCAGUGUCAACAGGCUCUGGUGGUGAGGUCAGGAAAAUCUUUUUGCAAGUAGGAGAGGAUUACAAAAUCUGUUCACCCGUAUAUGACCCCAUGUUUGGGAUCGAUGCUGCAUGGCAGAGAAACAUCACUGGCAAGAAUGUCGUCAUAGCAAUCACCGACGUGGGAGCUAAUCUAGAUCAUCCUAAACUGAAACCAAAUAUUAAUAACAAUCUUAGCUGGAAUUUUGUCGAUAAAAAUACAAAUAUAGCUCCAGAAUAUUUCUCUAGCUAUAAAGAGUCUAUUCCAGUGACAAAUCAUGGGAACGCAUGCGCAGGAUUGGCUGCUGGCAUUAGAGACAGCAGUGCGAGGUGCCAACCAUGUGGAUGCGGAACCGCUCCGGAUGCCUCGCUUGCCAUACUUAAAGUGGGCAAAGUUCCCGAGCAAACAAAGCCAGGUGUAGGGCACCACGCUAUUAUCAAUGUUGAGACAUUGUGUGCAAGUUUAGCUCAUCGCAUCAACGAUAUUGACAUCUAUUCUAACUCAUGGAACUUCGAUAUUUCUUUCCAUAACGACAAGUGCGUUCAUGGCAUUAUGCAAAAGGGCUAUACAGAAGGCAGACAUGGCAAGGGAAGCAUAUACGUGUUUCCAGCUGACCCUCCUGGAAAUGGCUUUGUCAACAACAUUUACACACUAGCGAUUGGAAAUAUGGGGACGAAUGGCACUCUGUCAAAUAGCUAUCAAGUGAACUCGGCAGUCCUAGUGUGUAUGUUUUCGUCUGGAACUAGGAAAAGCGAUACUAGAUUGGUGGUAGAUGUACACAUAGAACGUGGAUCGUGCUCGACAGAGUUUGGAGGGCAGUCCGCUACGUGCGCAAUGGCUGCAGGAGUAAUUGCCCUUGCUCUUCAAGUCAAUCCAUCGCUAAAGGUUCGUGACAUCAGAUAUAUCAUGGUCAAAUCUGCAUCAACCAGAGACAUCGCGGAAGAGUCGUCUUUCAAAACGAACGCUGCAGGGUAUAAAUAUCAUAACGUGCUUGGAUUCGGAUAUCCAGACGGGAACAAAAUGAUCUCUCUAGCACAAAACUGGACACUACUGCCACCCUUACGAACCGAUGCCAUUGUUUUCAACAUGCGUGGGAAUAAUGCAUCAUUUCCAGUUCAUUCCACCUGCAUCAACAAGCUGGAGCAAGUCCUCAUAAACAUGACAGUCUCUUUUUCAAAGCGCACACAAGUAUCGAUGGAAGUUAUUUCGCCUCAUAAUACGACUUCCGUUUUAUUUUACAAUAUCACGAUACCCAAGAACUUAACGCAGCUUACUCUUCUAUCAAACCACUUCUUUGGCGAAACCCCAAAUGGAGACUGGAUGAUAAAAAUCUACAGUCUUCACGAGACUCAAUCUGCAAUCGCAACUGUGACUUCAGCACAGAUUCAACUUCAUGGAACUGGGACAGAUUUCAUAUCAAAUGCUGAAAACAACGAUAACUGCAUGCAACUUGUUAACGAUCUAAAUAUGCCCAACGUAACACGACGUGCCGAUGAGUCUACCGAAAGUCCAGCCAAAUCGUCUAAAAAUUAUUAUUGUGAGAUUAUUAUACCUCUUGUUUUCGUUUUUGCUUGCGCUGUUGUUGUUGUUGUUGUUGUUGUUGGGAUUUAUUGUUAUAAAACAAGACAAACGAGAGCACCUCAACCAGAAAUCCAUGAAGAGGAAUUAAAAGCACUGAACACAACGCAACGUUAGAAGCUUAGUUAUUUUUGUAAAACUGAGCUCGUACUAAAUGUGACCAUGGUCGCCUUCCCAAAAACCAGUUUGCAAACAUGCGUUCAUUCUUGCAAAACAGCACCACUGAUACUAGUCAGCAUCAUAUUAGACUUCAUGGAAAAUCAGGACCACUUUUAUUUCGUUUGAUUUCAUCGCCGCAUUCGAUACCGCCGACCACGACAUUCGAUAUCGCCGACCACGACGGUCAAGUACUGACUGAAUGAAAAAUGUGGCACGACUCUAAAUGCGUAUGAUUUCAACUGGAAACAACGAAGCUUCGGUGGUUGGGUGAGUUAUGGAGGUUUCGGUAAAUGACAUGUUCGGUAAAUUGGAUUUAUAUAGUAAAUGCCGCGGAGGUUUCGAUAAUUUGGUAUAAAUAGGGAUUGUCGCACCUUUAGUCGAUAAGCGUAUACACUAAUUUAGUUGUUUGGCACUAAUGUAAUUAUCUGAUUAAAAUGUACGGAGUUGAUGAUAUCAAAAUACAGAUGUUUACAAGUGUUGAUAUUAAAUAUCCAGGCUUGCAACCUAUUAAUAUUCUAAACAAGGGAGGUAAUUUAUAUAUUAAAAUUUUAUCUUUAGGUCAUGAUUGUUUUUGUUUUUAAUAUAUGUUUUAUACAAUUAGUUGGAAACACCUUAAUUUAAGUGUAUCAGAUAAAAAUAAUAAUAAUUGUGUCCAAUAUAUUUGUUUUUUAUACAAUUUUCGCUUCUUUUUCCUACAAGCAGGUCAGCACAUAAGGUAUGAAAAAGAAAAAGACCUGUAAAUAAAACUAAAUGAAAGAUUCAAAUUAUGUCCUAUAUAUAUUGUAUUCAUGUUUUA